ACGAAUUUGUUUUGAUUUUCAACAUUCACCGUGUUGACUAAAGAAAUACCAACUGGCUCAGUUGAAUUUGCAACGCAAAACUAAUUUGACAGAACAUGUCUAAACUAGAGUUCUUGCGUGUGUUUUUGAACGAGCGUUUAACGGCUGCUGCUGUGGAGAUUUUCGGGGCAGUUGAGAAAACGGUAGUGGGGUACCAGGAGGAGAAUGAUCGGCUACGGAGACUGCUGUGUAUCACACCGAAGAUAACAUGUAUAGACUCCCUGCAGCUCUCUCCCAUAGUUUCUGAAGAGGAGGUUCCCCCUGAGCAGCAGCACUGUGAGCAGGAGUGGAGCCCCAGUCUGGGGCAGGAGGACCUAGAGCACACACAGAUUAAAGAGGAACAGGAGGAACUCGUCACCAGUCAGGAGGAAGAGCAGCUUCAAAGGCUGGAGGCUGAUAUCAUAGAGUUUAAGUUCACUCCUUUCUGUGUGAAAAGUGAAUGGGAUCAGGAGGACCCACUUUGGUCCUUGACUCUUCCCCAAACCCAGACUGUGGAGAACAGAGACAGUGACUCUAAACCAGUGGAUUCUAAACCUUUUGGCACUGUGACCCACCUAAAGGGUCUCGGCAAUCCCCGUGACCCUCCAUAUAAUCAAAACAAUGACUCCAGCCAUUGCUCCGUUGUAAGCCGCAACCCAGUAGGACUUGACAGCAGCCCUCCAUUGGGGGAACACUGUUCCAAACCCAUCACCAUGUCUAGAGAAACUCACCGCUGCUGUGACUGUGGUGAAACGUUUGCUCUGAAAGCUGACCUACAGAGGCAUGUUACUCUCCCCAAGGAGAGACCCAGUGAAUGCUGCUUCUGCAAAACAAACUACAACUCCACCUGUAAACUGAAGGCCCAUGUUCGACUCUGUCAUGGUGGGAAACCCUGCAGCUAUCCUGUUUGUGGCAAGGCCUUCAAUGUGAAAGGAGAUCUUUCCAAGCACAUGAUGAUUCACACAGAAGAGAAACCAUUUAGCUGUAGCUGUGAUGACUCUGGGAGGAGCUUCAAUCUCAACGAACACUUAACCAUAGAUAUACUGACUGGCACCGGAAAGAAACCAUUUAGCUGUGGUGUCUGUGGAAAAGGCUUUAGUCAGAAGGGUUCCCUUAAGAAGCAUAUAUUUACUCACACAGGAGAGAAACGAUUUACCUGUAGUGACUGUGGGAAAGGCUUCCAUCAGAAGUGGACCCUAUCUGAACAUAUACGUACUCACACAGGAGAGAAACCGUUUAGCUGUGGUGACUGUGGGAAAUGCUUCAAUUUGAAGGGGAACCUAAGGAAGCAUAAACUGACUCACACAGGAGAUAAACCAUUCAGCUGUGGUGACUGUGGGAAAUGCUUCAAUUUGAAGGGGAACCUAAGGAAGCAUAAACUCACUCACACAGGAGAGAAACCGUUUAGCUGUUGUGACUGUGGGAAGAGCUUCAAUCUCAAGCAACACCUAAACAUGCAUAAAUUGACUCACACAGGAGAGAAACCAUUUAGCUGUGGUGACUGUGGGAAAAGCUUCACUCAAAAGUCUAGCCUGCUGACACAUGUGAAAACCAUCCACAAAGAAAUAAAACUGGAUGAAAAUUGAUAGAAGCAAUUAAAUUAUGACAAAUAGAUAUUAUGUAAGAAGAAGGAAAUUAAAGGGUAGGAUGUGGACAUCACUCUUAGGGGGGGAAAAACUGAAGAAAACAACUCUGGAUAAUUCAUAUUCAUAUAGAUGUGUGAUUAAUUUACUUUUGUAAAUAAAGUUAGAUUUUAUUUGAAUGAUGAGGUAAUGAUAAAACUGAACAGAGUAUUUUAGGAAACACACAGAUCUGCUGUUCAAAGUCUGUUGAUGUUUUCACGGCAUUAGAAACAGGAAUUCCUCUGUUUGUUUUGGAAUUUCUCUCAGGGUGAUGAGAAAAUGGUCUGACUGAUGUUAUUUGUACAUAAAAAAUAAAUAAAAAAAAGUAC